AUGGCACAAUUUCACUGCGACACGGCUUUCGGGGACGCCAAUCUUAGCAACUGUAACGAUGAUGGUUUGUGUAAGACGCUGAAUGAAUCCGAUUUCACCGAUGUUCCAGAAAGACCUGUGAGCCUGAGGCGAUGGCUGUCUGUCAACUGCGAAGCUCUUGACUUAGUCAAAGCGAAGAACCAGUCGGAGGAGGGGCAUUGUGCGAAACAAGAGAGCACCAAAAAAAGACGGCUUGGUGGUUCAGAGGCUGCUGAGAAGCGGUACAGAGGUGUUCGCCGACGGCCCUGGGGACAAUACGCAGCGGAAAUUCGAGACUCGACGAGACAAGGCGCUCAGAUUUGGCUUGGGACGUUUAUGACGGCGGAGGAGGCGGCCAUUGCGUACGACAAAGCAGCUUUUAAAAUGAGAGGCGCUCAAACCCAGUUGAACUUCCCCGUGGAAACAAUCGAACGGGUUCUGGCUGAAGAAUAUGUUGAAUACAAACCGAUAAUUGCUCCGUUUUGA